UAUAUAUAUACUCAUAUUUUUGGGUGUCAGUUUGUUCGUUAUCCAACUGAUAAUUGAAUAAAGAAAAUAGAGAAAUUUAUUUACUGUGUCGUGGCUUAUUCAUUAUUAUUUUCCUUAUCAAAAAUCUUGAUCUUCAUUUGUUAUUUUGAUUCAAGACGCUUGAAAUGCUUCUUAUCGACUCAAAGCAUAUUAACUUUGGUGUUUUAGUAAUCAUAUAAAACUAAUAAAGAAAUAGUGGAAGAACUAUGAAUAAUAUACUUGUUCAUUAUCCUGACUUGAAAAUUCCUACUCUAGGAGCUGGAGGAAGUUUUACGGAUAGACUAUGUAAUAGUUAUACUACUUCUAUAUUAUUCUUCUUUGCUCUUUUAGUAACAACUCAUCAAUAUGUUGGGAAUCCUGUGAUUUGUUGGUGUCCGUCUCAUUUUCAACCAAGUCAAGUUUCUUAUACAAAUAACAUAUGUUGGACUAAGCGAACGUUCUACGUACCGUACCACUUUCCAAUACCAAAGGCAAAUGAUAAGAUAGAAAGAAUAGGCUAUUAUCAAUUCGUUGUUUUAAUUCUUUGCGCUCAAAUGAUUAUCUUUUAUAUACCUAAACCUCUUUGGUCAUUUUUAAGUCAAAAAUCUGGAAUUUCAGUAUCAAUAUUUACAAAUGCGGCACUGGAACACGAAAAACAAAACGAAAUUGACAAGUCCGAAAAUAUAAAAAACUUCAUAAAGAGUCACUUAUAUCAUUUCCUAAAAGACGUUUGUAGAAAGAGGUUGGCUGCCGAGAAAAAAAGAAAAAAGUCCAAGAAACGUAAAUGGUGCUUAUGUUAUGACUUUUAUGGCGAUUAUUUAGUCUUUUCAUACGUCUUUAUCAAGUUUAUCUACGUCGUUAUAUCCGUUUCUCAGUUAUUUCUACUUAAUCUAUUUUUGGGAAUGAAUUAUCACAUGUAUGGAUUACAAAUGAUAAUCGAUCUACAAAAUGGAAGAGAUUGGACCGUAUCUGGUCGUUUCCCAACAGAAACUAUAUGCGACCUUACAAUAAGAGUUCUCGGUCAGAGACAUCGCUACACCGUACAAUGUUCAUUGCCUAUAAACCUCUUUAAUAGGAUGAUAUUUUUUGUAUUGUGGCUGUGGUUUUGCUUCGUAUCUGUAGCUACAACUAUCAGUUUAUUAAUGUGGAUUAAACGUCAAAUAAUCAGCCCUAAUUAUACAUUUAUAAAGGAGAGCUUAACGACAUCUUACCGAUUUGACGAAGAAAAUUUAAAGAAAGAAAAUAUCAAGAAUUUCACUCUGAAAUUUCUUAAAAGGGAUGGAAUGUUCCUUAUCAAAUUAAUUGGAUCAAAUUCAAGUCAAUUGAUUGCGGCCGAAAUUGUUGCAGAUCUAUUUAAAAGAUUCAAUAAAGAUAAAGCAAAUCUUUUCAAUUUUAAUGAACAAGAAGAUAAACUAUUAUCAUUAGAUUCAAAUUUUCAAUCCUUACAAAAUAUUGAUUCAAAUCCUACGUAUAAAAUGAGUAACGGAUAUGUAGAAUUUCCUCCAAUAUCAAGACCAAAUUAUAAAGACUUUUAUCGUUCAACCUUAUGAUAUAACUUGGUUAUUUUUUCAAUAUUUCGUAAAAAACAAACGUUUAAUGAAUUUUAAUAUACAGUAUUUACAUAUAUAUAUAUAUAUAUAUACAGUCCGCGAC